AUGGACAAUACUUUCACCAAAACAGCGGCUCCGAUUAUUCUCCUCCUCUCUCUCAGUCUGUCUAUUCUCGUCACAACCACAGUCGCCACCGUCACCGGCCAAGAGCUCGACGCCGCCUUGUUAGCCCUCAGAACGCGAGGCUAUUCUCUCUUCCCUAAUGCCAUUACCACAACGGAUCUCCGCCCCCUUCUUCUUUCUUUAAACUCCACAUUUACCCUUUUCUCCCCCCCGGACUCUCUCGUCUACUCUCUUGACAUCUCCUGCACAGCCCCUCUUUACUUCCGCUCCAUCCUCCACCACGUGGCCCCCUUCCGCCUGUCCAUGUCAGACCUCCGGAGCAUCAGAGGUAGUCCUUAUCUUGAUACUCUCGUCACUUCAAAUCCUAUCUUCGUCGACAACUCCCUUGUUCAUGAUAACGGUAUCGUUUCGGAGUCUGUUUUGUUGGAUGGGGUUCGGGUCUCAGUUCCGGAUCUUUUUCUCGGGUCUUCCAUUGCUGUACAUGGUCUCGAGGGGAUUCUUGUUGCCGAAGUCGGAUCUAAUUCCAACGAGCACAUUGAUCGCCUUGGUGAUCAGCCGUUUGUGUCACCGGUAGCUUCUUGGUCUGAGCAAAAUUCUCCAGCAAGUGCUCCCUCGGCGAAGGUUGGAUUGAGGGGGACAUCAACUCUAGAGUCGAUGCCGAAGAAAAGAAAUGGAAUGCGUGGUCAGCGGACAAGAAAUCAGCGAGGGUUUCAUGGUGAGCUUAGCCAUGAAAACGGACACAGUAAUUUUGCCAAGUACGGUCAUCAAUUUGGUGCAAGACUUCGUGCAUGA